GCGACUAUCCGCGUCGUCAGAGACGGAUUCUGGAUGCGAAUCGCGCUCUUCUCCGACCUCGGUCUAGCGGAGGGGUAUAUGGACGGCGACUUCGAAUGUGACGACAUAUCCGCUCUCAUCCAAAUAAUCAUUGCAAAUCGAUCGGAGCUCGACACGGAUAACAUCCUUUCGACAAUAUUGGCUCGCGGCCGGAAUCUGACUGCGACCCGUUUCCUGGGAAAUCUCACCAACUCAAGAGCUAACAUCUCGGCUCACUAUGACUUGAGCAACGACAUGUUCGAGGCGUUCCUCAGCGAGGACAUGUGCUAUUCGUCGGCGAUAUUCAAGGACUUCACCGAAGAUCUUUCGCCCAAACCUGGCGCUCUCGAAAGCUUGGAAGACGCCCAGAUGCGCAAAAUGCGAUACAUUAUCGAGUUGACGGAAGUCAAGCCUGGCCACCGCGUGCUCGAGUUCGGCACGGGCUGGGCCUCGCUCUCCAUCCUGCUGGCGCAGACGGUCGACUGCAUCAUCGACACCGUCACGCUCUCCGUACACCAGGCGACGCUCGCACGGCGGCGCAUCGCCGACGCGGGCCUCUCUGACCGGAUAACCGUUCACCUCAUGGACUACCGCCAGUGCCUGCAGAAGUCCGAGUGGGCGGGCGCGUUCGACCGGUUCGUCAGCGUCGAGAUGAUCGAGAACGUCGGGCGCGAGUUUAUCGCCGAGUACUGGGGCGUCGUCGACUGGGCCAUGAAGCCGAGGGACUCGGCGGGCUGCGUGCAGGUCAUCACAAUGCCUGAAUCACGCAUCCCGGCGUAUGACCAGGGCGUGGAUUUCAUACAGAAGUGGAUCUUCCCCGGAUGCUACAUUCCGUCCUUCGAAUUCCUCGUGUCGACGUUGGCGAAGGGUUCUGGAGGUCGACUCACGGUCGACACGGUCCGAAAUAUAGGGCCCCACUAUGCCCGUACCCUCCGAGAGUGGAAACGCAAAUUCCUGCGCAACUGGGAUGAGAAAAUCGCCCAAGCACUCGUGGAAGAAUACUCGCUUACCGCUGACGACUUGGACGUCUUCAGAAGAAAAUGGAUAUACUACUUCGACUAUUGCGAGGCCGGCUUUGCCACUCGCAGCCUUGGAGACCAUAUCUUCACAUUCGCGCGAGAAGGCUACGUCAAGUUUGGCAAUCAGCCGUUCGCAUGA